AUGUCGAACCUUGCCAAGUUCGAAUUUGUGGCCCUUGAUAUUACCGGAAAGAAUUAUUUAUCAUGGGUGUUAGAUGCUGAAAUACACCUAGAUGCUAAAGGGAUUGGUAAAACAAUCAAAGAGGAUAAUAAGGCAACACCUCAAGAUAAGGCUAAAGCCAUGAUUUUCCUUCGCCAUCAUCUCCAUGAAGGGCUCAAAAAUGAAUAUUUAACUAUGAAAGACCCACAAAUCCUUUGGAGUAAUCAAAGGAAAGCUAAGUUUAAAAUAACUUCUCAAUUGAAAUUAUGUGGAGAAAAUAUUACUGAUGCAGAAAUGCUUGAAAAGAAAUACUCCACUUUCCAUGCUAAUAAUAUUGUCCUACAGACACAAUAUAGAGAAAUAGGUUUUAAAAAAUAUUCUGAAUUAAUAUCCUGUCUUCUUGUGGCUGAGCAAAAUAACGAGCUGUUAAUGAAAAAUCAUGAAUCACAUCCUACUGGCUCUACUCCAUUCCCUGAAGCGAAUGUGACAACCCAUAACGGGAAAGAAACUACAAACAAAGACCAUUCUAGCAGUAGUGAUCGAGGUAGAGGUCGCGCUCGUGGCCAAUGGUGCAGCCAGGGUCGUGGACGUGGAUAUGGUGGAAGUCGUGAAGGUCAUUUCACAAACUCACAUUGCCACAAGAAGUGGGAAUGUCGGGAUGAUAAAGAGAAAAGUGAUACCAAUAUAUGUUACUGUUGUGGAGGAAAAGGUCAUUGGUCUCGGGUUUGUAGAAACCCAAAGCAUCGUAUUGAACUUUACCAAGAAUCAUUGAAGAAAGGAAAGAAAAUUGAGGCAAACCUUGUUUUUGAAGAUUGUGAAGGUGAUUUUGAUUUUGGCAAUACCAAUAAAUUUGAUGUUGCUGAUUUCCUUACUUCCCUAGAAGGGAAUGAUUUUGAUUUUUGCAGUACAACUCGUUUAGAAGUUGCUGAUUUCUUCAUUGCCUAA